AUGCGAACACUCGAAGUUCAAAAUGCGGAACGCACGGCUGAGCACUACCAGUAUUCGAAAUCACUGAACGAGCAGUUCGAUUUUUCCUGCGUACAGAUUCGUCCACUGAAUUCUUCGCUUGUGAAAUUGCUGAAGUUUCUCGUUCUGGGAUUCGUCUUCUCAUUGAAGCCCUCUAAAUGCGAGUUUAUUGAAUCGUUUCAUGAUUCCGACUCUGUUUCACUCUCGUAUUAA